AUGCCGGGCCUUAAGACUAUCAUCGCUCUCUCCUUUGUUCUUGCUAUCGGUUUCCUGCUAGUUAUUCUCUCCGCGGCGCUAUGGCACAACUACCUACCACUCCUUGUUGUUGCGACAUAUGUCAUUGCACCAAUACCGAACUGGAUAUGCAGCCGAUGCGCAAGCUCGGAUGAUUUCAUGGAGAGCUCCAACAGCGGUGCGGUGGACUUUGGGCGGUGGUUCACUGGUUUCCUGGUAGUGAUGGGAAUCGCUCUCCCCGCGGUGUUAGCUCACAGCGGCUCAAUCCAGGUCCCUGCGAUGAUCAUGUCAAUUUUGGGUGGCCUAUUAAUAUAUGGAACCAUCAUCAGCUUUUCGAUGUUCUUCCAGGAAACGGAAGAAUUCUAG